ACUCUUAAAUCCAGCCGCUCCUUUAUUUUUACGCAGGAGAUUUGAAGAAACAAAUAAAACAGGACGAGCUGUGAUUGGCGUCAUAGAGAAAAGUAGCCCACCGCCUUCGGUAUUUUGACAUCUUAUUAAAUUACUCUCAGCGGCAGAGACACUUGGGGACCCAAGGACCUACCAUGAGAAGGGCUGUGGAUGUUGUGCUGACUGUGCUGCUCACCGUGUUCCUGUCGUGCCGGAGCGCCCUCGGUGGCUACGGGAUGAGUCUGUUCGCGGCGCAGACGUCUCCCCCGGACCCCUGCUACGACGAGCACGGCAACCCGCGACGCUGCAUCCCGGACUUCGUCAACUCCGCCUUCGGGAAGGAAGUGAAGGUGUCCAGCACCUGCGGCAAGACGCCCAGCCGCUACUGCGUGGUGACAUCGGCGGACAAGGUAGACGAGAGGACCAGAAACUGUCACACCUGCGAUGCAUCGGACCCCAAGAAGUACCAUCCACCGGCGUACCUGACGGACCUCAACAACCCUCACAACCUCACCUGCUGGCAGUCCGAGAACUUCCAGUACCCGCAAAAUGUCACCCUGACUUUGUCCCUUGGCAAGAAGUUUGAGGUCACAUAUGUGAGCCUGCAGUUCUGCUCGCCUCGACCUGAAUCCAUGGCUAUUUACAAGUCCAUGGAUUAUGGUAAAACUUGGGUACCCUUUCAGUUUUACUCGACACAGUGCAGGAAAAUGUACAACAAGCCCAACAGGGCUGUUAUCACGAAGCAGAACGAGCAGGAGGCCGUCUGCACUGACUCUCACACCGACAUGCAUCCUCUGACCGGCGGGCUCAUCGCCUUCAGCACACUGGACGGUAGACCUUCGGCGCACGACUUCGACAAUUCGCCGGUGCUGCAGGACUGGGUUACUGCUACCGACAUUAAAGUAAUCUUCAGCCGGUUACACACUUUUGGUGAUGAGAACGAGGACGACUCGGAACUGGCCCGGGACUCGUACUUCUACGCGGUGUCGGACCUGCAGGUCGGAGGGAGAUGCAAGUGCAACGGGCACGGAUCUCGGUGCGUAAAGGACCGGGAUGGGAGUCUGGUGUGUGAGUGCAAGCACAACACCGCAGGACCAGAGUGCGACAGGUGCAAACCUUUCCACUACGACAGACCGUGGCAGAGAGCCACGGCCAGGGAGGCCAACGAGUGUGUCGCCUGCAACUGCAACCUUCACGCUCGAAGAUGUCGCUUCAACAUGGAGCUGUACAAGUUAUCAGGGAGAAAGAGUGGAGGAGUUUGCCUCAACUGUCGCCACAACACCGCUGGUCGCCACUGUCACUACUGCAAAGAGGGCUACUACCGAGACCUGUCCAAACCCAUCUCACACAGGAAAGCCUGCAAAGCAUGUGAUUGCCAUCCCGUGGGUGCUGCUGGCAAAACCUGUAACCAAACCACAGGACAAUGUCCCUGUAAAGACGGCGUGACUGGUAUCACGUGCAACCGCUGUGCUAAAGGCUACCAGCAGAGCCGCUCGCCCAUUGCGCCCUGCAUAAAGAUUCCAGUCACACCUCCUACAACUCCAGCCAGCAGUACAGAGGAGCCCUCAGACUGUGACUCUUACUGCAAAGCAUCUAAAGGCAAACUGAAAAUCAACAUGAAGAAGUACUGCAAGAAAGAUUACGCUGUCCAGGUGCACAUUCUGAAGGCAGACAAGGCUGGUGAGUGGUGGAAGUUCACAGUCAACAUUAUCUCUGUCUACAAGCAAGGCGAGAGCCGCAUCCGCCGCGGGGACCAGUUCCUGUGGGUCCGUGCCAAAGAUGUGGCCUGCAAAUGUCCCAAGAUCAAGCCUGGGAAGAAGUACCUGCUGCUGGGGAAUGACGAGGACUCCCCUGGCCAGAGCGGAGUAGUGGCUGAUAAAGGCAGCCUGGUUAUCCAGUGGAGGGACACAUGGGCACGCAGGCUCAGGAAGUUCCAACAGCGUGAGAAGAAAGGCAAGUGCAAGAAGCCAUAGGUGGAAAAGAUGGAGAGGAUGCUGGAGAGGGAGAGGAAUUCAAGAGAAAAGCUGAGCGGGUGAUUUAAAAAAAAAAAAAAAAAAAAAAAGUGGAAAGAGAGACAGACAGGAGACUAUGGACAGAGAAGAGACUGUUUAUGUCGCUGCUUUUUUGUGUAGAAGCAUGAAGAGAAUUAUUUAGGAUGAUUUUUUUUUCUAGUGAACUUUUGUUGAAGGAGCUCACCUUGCAGAUUUGGUUUUAUGGUUUAUUUUACUUUGAGAUUUGUCUCUCUUGUGGAUUUGCCGAAUUUGCACCUAUUACCAGUAUAUAAAGUUAUUUGUGUUCAUUUUCUUUAUCUCAGUAUGAAAUCAUUAUAUUUUAUGUUUUAAUUUUAUGGACAUUUUCUGCUGGUGCAAAAAUGACACAGAAAAAAAACACACAUCAUUACCACUGCAAUUUUGCCUCUGCAUGGUUUUCUUAUUGUAUUCUUAGCUGAGAAGGGAGCUUGUUUCAUCAAAAGUCUUCACUGAUCUGAACGAGGCAGCAAUAUUUCCUCCAUUCAGAAUUGUGCCAUAAAAAACUAUUGUUUCUAAGCCACUGAAAUGCCAAGUGCAUUUAUCUGUUAAGUUGUUGAGAAAAGUUGCCAUUCCUCCCUUGUGUACAAAUGUAGGUAUCUGCAACUCAACAAACAAGGAAUAUGUCCUACAUUUUUAGCAAUUACAACUUUUACAAAGCGUUAGAAUAUGCAAGUGAUAGAAGAGAACCAAUUAUACAACACAGUAUUGAUUACUAAAGCAUUUUUAACCUGAUACAUUUUUUGGUGGGUCAGUAUUUGCACAAACCUACAUGUGACAGUUGUCAUUUGAGACUGUAAUGUUCAAUUCAAUAACUGGUGCUUCUGAUAGUACUAAAGUUAAAUUUGCCUUUUUUGGGGAAAGGACAUAAUGCAUUUAAAAUCACUGAUCUCAUUUUCAGUACUUACAGUAACUGAAGUUUUUCUUUUGCUUUUAUUUCACAAUUCCCAAAAGGAGUUUAACAACUGACAUACAGAAGCCAGGCAAUUGGCCAGCCAUGUCAAUUGUUAUAAAAGUCCUAUGAAAAUAUUCACAAAAUCAUGAGAUGCUCUUACGCAGAGGAAAAUAGAAAUAAAUUGUAAUGAAUAUGGGUUCUGAAGUGGCUACAAAAUACAUCAAAUGUUGUUUUUUGGGUUUUUUUUUUUUAAUUCUACAUUUUACUGACAACACCACUCAUGUUCUACCACAAAAUGAUUAAGGUUAAUGAAUGAUUAUUGUCCAUUGUAAGGUCACUGCAGAGUAGAUGCAACAUUCAAGUUGUAUGGGUGAAACUACUGCACUGCAGCAGCGGGUACAACAUGUUCUCAGAGGAUACAGACAGAGGUGCAUAUAUUAUUUCAGAAUGCAGACAGUAAUGUAUUCCUUCAUACUAGCUCAUGACUAACUUUGUGUAAUGUUUUUAGCAUAACUUUAUGUAUGAAUAAGACAAAGGAAGAAAAAAAAAUUAAAUGACUCCUGCCUCUCACUACAGUGCGGAUGGCUACUGCCUGCUAAAUUUCCAUGUAAGACAAAAUUUAGUAAGAUAUUUAAUUUGGUUUAAUCAGUUACGAUUGUAGGAAGCAAAGAGAAUAACAAUGAAAAUAAUGUAAUUUUCUUACCUUAGGUGACACAGACAUGCAUCCUUCUUGUGCAGAAAAAUGGUCAACAAUUACUUAAAUAAUAAAAAAACAAAAAAACAUAUUUUUGAACUCCACCAUGCACUUGUUUUCAUCAUUGAACAGGCCCCUAGAAACCUUCCAGAUUAUGUGUUCGAAUUCCUACUGUGAGAUUGUACAUAAAUACCUUUACAGUCCACGCACUUUUGGAAACACAAUGAAUGACUGUACAUUCACAAAAGGACACAGUGCGACCAGUCCAGAAGCUGCAGUCUCCCAUUGACCUGUCACGUUCAUUCGCUACACUUCAACACUUGCAGAGGGAGAAAUGGGGGGAAAUUGCAAUCACUUUGACACUGCUUGAUUCAAACCACAUUGCUCGUUUAUUUGUAUGCAGCUCAGCUUGGAUUUCUCCAAGGAAUGCGUGAUAAAAACACUGCUCAGGUUUGUAAAAGCCCACAGUACAUUUGAUUUAUCAUAAACUGGGGUUCCUUUCAGCCCAUCCUGUAAACUACACUUUUAAUGUAACUUGUAGUUGUUGUCUCACAAAAAUCACAUUUUGCACCUUUUAACUGUUCCCCAGCAUAAAUAACUGUAAAAAGCAUUAUAAGACAUGUUUCUAAUCCAAUGAACUCUCCUGUUUUAAGCAUUAAUGUUUUUUAUUCCACUUUCUCAGAGAUCUUCAUUAGUCAUUUGAGGAAUUUUCUGAAUGAACUGAAAUGUCUCCUAGAUGAUGACAAAUUGGGAAUGCAAGAAAUCACCUGGGCUUAGUUAAAUGAUACAAAGAACAGAUGACGUUGUUGUUCAAGAACUCAGUAUUCACAUUUUUCUCUGUACAAUUGAUCAAAUGAUUGCGAUAUCAGUCCAACAUGAUGCCACAUGCUGGUUGCUCUGCCAGCAAAGACAAAAUAUACUGAUGAUGACAACAGUAUAUUUACAUGUUCUUAGAAGUUCCUGCCUCUCAUUGUUAAUCCUACAACAUAAUGUCAGUGUCUUUUGUUUGAUUUUUCUGUUUGGCACAAUGUAAUCUGUAAUCACACCUCUCUAGUCUCUGUAGCCUCAUGCUGUAAAUUUUAGAUCCAUCUCCUGAGCAAUGGUUUGACAAGCUUCCCGAUGAAAUGCUACACACAUACCUGUCAAAGCAUUGCUUUGUGUUCAUACUAUGAAUUGUAAAUGUUGUUUAGUUGUCACCAUUGCAAAGACUUUUUGCAGUGUUGUUUUACAAUGCGUACUAAUAUAUUAUGGUUAUUAUAUAUGAAUAUAUUUAAUGACACAAGACAUGUGGAUUUUAUUGUCUUUUUCAACUUUGUUUUUUACUUGUAUGUGGUUGUUUAGAUCGUUGCCAUUAAAGAAGGAAAUAAUAACUACUGAACAUACCAACCUGGUAGAACUAAAUUCAGAUUUUCAGUUGAAAUAAACUCUUGUUACAUUGAAAAAAUGA